AUGCACAAUUAUUGGACCUUAUCACAGCGUGCUGCGGCGAUGAAUCCUUCGGUACUCAGAGAGAUUUUGAAGGUGAUCGAACGCCCAGGCAUGAUUAGUUUUGCCGGAGGCUUGCCUGCGCCGGAGACUUUUCCGGUAGAGGCGUUUGCCAGAGCCAGUGAGCGGGUGUUGCGUGAGCAAGGCAGCGCAGCCCUGCAAUACGCCCCCAGCGAAGGUUACGGCCCGCUGCGCGAAGCGGUUGCUGCCAUGCUGCCUUGGCAGGUAUCGCCCGAGCAGGUAUUGAUAACCACUGGCUCGCAACAAGGGCUGGACUUGGUAGCCAAGGUGUUGCUGGACGCUGGUAGCCGCGUGCUGGUAGAAGAGCCUACCUACCUGGGCGCAUUGCAAGCCUUUGCCCCCAUGCAGCCGCAGGUUUGCGGGGUAGCCGCUGAUGAGGAGGGGGUAAAACUGGACGCGCUACACGCCGCAGUGGGGGAAACACAAGCCACAGCAGCGCAAGCAAACUACACGGCGAACCACCCGCGUUUUCUCUACGUAUUGCCCAACUUUCAAAACCCCACCGGGCACAGCAUGGGUGAGGCCAGGCGGGUAGCCCUGGUGCAAGCAGCGCAAAACCUGCGGCUGCCGCUGCUGGAGGACAACCCCUACGGUGAACUGUGGUUUGACGCACCCCCGCCUGCACCGCUGGCCAGCCGCAACCCGAAUGGGGUGAUUUACCUCGGCUCCUUCUCCAAAGUGUUGGCACCAGGUCUGCGUCUAGGCUACAUGGUUGCCCCCAAGGCGGUGUUUCCCAAGCUCUUGCAGGCCAAGCAAGCGGCAGAUUUACACACCCCAGGCUUUAACCAGCGCAUGGUCGCGCAGGUGUUGCAAGAAGAUGGAGGAAAUUUUUUGUCGCAGCACGUGCCCAAUAUACGUGCCUUGUACAAAAGCCGUUGUCAAGCUAUGUUGAAUGCGCUGCAAUGCGAGAUGACAGAAUUUGUCGCACAGGGUAUGGCGUGGAACAAACCCGCUGGAGGGAUGUUUUUGUGGCUACGCCUACCCCCGGGUAUGGAUGCGCAAAACCUGUUACCCAAAGCCAUAGCAAAGAAUGUGGCCUUUGUGCCAGGGGCUGCGUUUUACGCUAACCAGCCUGAUGUGCGCACUAUGCGCCUAUCGUUUGUGACGGUGGAUGAGGAAAAAAUUGCCCAAGGUAUUGCAUUGUUGGCACAGGCGAUAAGAGAGGCAGUUAGAGAGACAGGGCGAGAGGUACAGGCAAAGUGA